UUUAAUAGUCAUUGCGUGACGCUUUCAAAUAAAGUUCCUACUCAAUACAAUGGGACUAGUUAUGCCGCCGACUUGUCCUUGGUGAUAAGGUGCAUUUUGACUGCGGCGUUCAUGUUAGCAGGCAUAUGUACGUAUUCCCAUACUGGUCUUCAUCGCAGGCUGACGCUCUUAAUUCAGUGGUCGGAAUUAGUCGGGCUCCAUACGACUCAGGUGUGAAUAGGAACAUUAAUCGACCAAAAUGUCAGAUAUGUGUUGUUCUUAACCUCGUUAGCGGGCAGAGCAAGUGUAAUACGUUUGGGAGUUAGCGCUUCUAAAACGCAAGCGAGAAACUACUCACCAGGGCAGUGAAACCAACCCUGCAUAGGAUAUCUAUUUAUUUCAGGUGGAUUCAUAAUAGCGAGAGCGGGGAUAUCCAUGCUGCAUCAAGAACGGACUGGGUUGAGAUUCACGCUUUAUUCUCUGCAACAGAAACAGCUGCAGACACAGCUAUUUUAGCCUGUCUUUUAUUCUUGGAGAAGAUGGCGAAACGAAUUGUGUCAGCCUGUAUGGGUUAACUCAGGUUGGAAUCAAAAGGACAUUUAAAGCAUGUCUUAAUGACAGAAUAAGAAUCACCCGCUUUAAUUUGCGUGGACCAAGAUUAAUAAGGCCGUGCACAUAACAAUCGACAAUCGUUCGAACCGGAUUGAACACACUCGCAGAGCAUGGCGACUUGUUUUACUUGCGGAUUGAAGGGGAGGAAUUUAGUAUUCACUGCCCUGUUUUGCAUUUCAGCCUUUGGUCUAACUACCUAUUUGGGCUUUAAUGGACAAUUCCAACAUCGUCGAAUGCAUUUUAUAUUUCGAGAACAUAAACCCAUGCACCAUCAGUUUGGUUUGGAGAACCCGGGGGGAAAUGGACAGAAAUUAACAUUAAAUCUUGAGAAACCGCCAUCAGAUCUGGAGACUUAUCGAUUUCCGGCUGGUCUGUCAGAGGGGAUGAAGAAGAGCAUAGAGAAAAGUGUUCGUUGGAUGACAGGUUUGAAGGAACCACCAAAAUUCCUUCCCGAAUACAAAAACCCGUGUUGGUACGAAGACUUCGAUCCUUUAAUUGGAAAAGGGAAAAUAUACAGAGACAACUGGUACGGAAGGUUCCAUCCUUACGCUAAGAAAAACAGUAACGCUUUUAAGUCGUGGGAAUUCAAUUUGUAUUCCUGGUGGUCUCAAAACAAAAAACGGUUACGGUGCAUACCAUAUUUCUACCUGGCAGGAAUUGCCAAGUGCGGAACAACGGACCUGUUUCAGCGGAUCCUGAGUCAUCCUGACGUCGCCGAUGGUUUGCUGAAGAUGUCACAGUGGUGGGGGAGAUUAGCAUAUAAUACCGCAGCAGGCAACGGGAGUGGAGUGCCAUUCAUAGACUUUGUGGACCUCUUUGAUUACCCUGCAAGAGUGAUCGAAAAAUAUACCUGUACAACUUGUCCAAAGCUGCACCAUCAAAUAGUCGGUGAUUACAGCACCAAUACUUUGUUUGAUAACGACUACUGGAUCCGAUUGUUGGGCAACAAUCCCCAGCUUCACGAGCCAAACAUAACCACAGCGCAUUACAUACGCUACUUUCAACCAGGGGCCAAAAUUUUGGCCAUAUUUAGGGAACCGACUGAGAGGCUAUACUCAGAUUAUCUUUUCUUCUACAAAGGCGUGAAAUCCCCAGAGAGAUUCCACUCGCUGGCGAAGCAAGCUGUAGAAUUGUUUGACAACUGCACCAAAACCUUCUCUGUGAGAAGCUGUGCUUACAAUCGAACUCUUCACUCUCAGGAGGCUUUACGGAUUGUUCGCCUCCGUGUUGGGUUAUAUCAUGUGUACGUGAACGACUACCUGAGGGUGUUCCCGCGUGACCAGCUUUUAUUCCUAAGGCUGGAAGAUUACCAUAACAACAUGAAUGAAUCCUUAAACAGAGUUUACAAUUUUCUGGGCCUACGUGAUCUGAAUGCGAGAGAAGAGUACAAAGUGUUAAGAAAAGGGGCGGUGAAUUCUCGGUCAAAAAACAACACUAAAAUCGGUGACGCCUUGGAGCGUACGAAGAUUCUUCUUAGAAACUUUUAUGCAAAGCAUAACGAUCUCCUGGCAGAGGCCUUGGGGGAUGAUGGGUUCAAAUGGCAUGCAAAUGAAAUAAAACAGCCAGCUGAUAACGGACCAGAGAAAAUAGCCAGUUGAUGACCGACCAAUUGUGAAGUAGCCAGUAAAACUACUUAUACCCCCUUUACACUGGACGGCGUCCUUUCUGCGUCCUU